CAAAUUCAAUAAUGGCGGCUAGAUGUGCGAUUCGCUCAACCUUCUGCUCUCCAAUUAGCAAAUCGUUCUUAAACAGAGGACAUAGAAGUGUCCAAAGCCGUCUUGUUAGUACUAUCAACUAUGGACCGGGGUUCUCUGGCACAAGUCGCCGAUUUGUUGCCGUUUUGGCAGCAGGUUGUGGAGUAACCCUGGCUGGGUUUGUAUCCUACCAGAUGAUUUCCAACAACGUGAAAGCAAGGCCCGUCAAAGAUCUUAAUUUACCUGCCGAGAAAGGGAUCUCUGAUAUCUCGAUAACUCUCUACCAGUAUCAGAACUGCCCUUUCUGCGGUAAAGUACGAGCGUUUCUGAACUAUUAUGGAAUCAAGUACAACACUGUCGAAGUGAGCCCCUUGUGGAAGUCAGAGCUCAGUUUCUCCAAGUACAAGAAAGUUCCUUUAGUUAUGGCGGAUGACACACAGGUAAGGGGCCUUGUUUCGUAAAAUUUAUCGGGAAGAAAAACUUCAGCAGUCGUGGAGAAACGAUGAACUACACAACGGACGUUGUGAUUCAGCGAGGUUUAAAUUAUGUGGCCCUGUAUUGUAAGUAUGUAACGUUCUGGGGUGCAUGUCCUUACCUCCCUUACAAGCUGGCACCUUUGGUGCUUCCCAGCAUCCUUCUUCUAAACGUUCUUAAAAAGCCCUGAACCUCCCCUACCCUUCAUCCAUGCCGGAUUUUUCUGAGUAAAGUUGAGAAGCUCAGUUCAUAAUAUGCUGAUGCCUUUAAAAAUCAAAAUGCCAUUUUCUUUCAUUUUGGGGUGAGAAGUAAUUCCUUUUAGUUUUGUCAAUUUGAAGCUCUCCCAAUAGGCUCUUUCUUUGAUAUGAAUCAUUCUUUACAGAUCAAUGACUCAUCAGUCAUUAUCAGCGCCCUCCGGUCCCUUAUGGUGGGCCAAGAUUCCAUCAAACAGAUCUUAGUUUAUUACCCUGAAAUCACUACAAAAGGUGCAGAUGGCAAAGAACAGACCGAAUAUGCCAACAGAUAUUUUAUCAUGUACAAAGAACAGGCCAUUGACAAGAAAUCCAUGGAAUAUGAGAAGUAGGUGCAGAUUAAUAACUUUGAAAUAUGAUGUUAUAACAGUGUAAUUUGGGAAUAAGACUGUAAGGAUUGUAGGGAUGCUCCUUUAUUCCCUGAAUCAUUAUAGAGCAAUUUCCAAUUCAUUGUCAAAAGUAAUCUGCAUUGAUUUUGCCACUCUUCACUUGGAUUGGUCUAGAAAACUUGCACCCCAUGUAGAUGCCUUCUUAGUCUUAGUUCAAAAUGAUGGCUCAUGACAUUGUAGAGAGGCAAGGAUGAAACAACAGAUUUUACACUUCAAAGCACUGUAUUUGACUCAUAAAGGAACAAGUAAAUACGUAAUACCAACUUAUAAAUGGAAAGUGAGAAUACAGAGAGGGUAUGAAGACCCCAAGCAAAACUUAUCUGUGCAUCAAGGCAGAUAACCCUUUCUCCCUUAAGAGUGAUCAGAAUCUAAGUUCUUCUUACAAUAUCACUACUGAAUCAUACAUUUAGGUUACAAGAAUUGGGGAAAUGAUCACAAACUAAAAAAGGACUUUAUCAACAAAUUCUCCUUCUAAUUACUCAGGGAAAUGUAUAGGGAACAGUAAAGAGAAUAUGCAUACUGAUGUUAAGGAAAUGUUGAGGGUUAAGGAAACUGACUAGGAGCAAACUUGAUGAUAACAGAGAGUACUGAUGUAAGUUGUUGAAAUGUUAUACAGGGAACAGAGGAAAUGGCGAAAAUGGGUGGACAAUUCAUUUGUUCAUACACUUUCACCAAACAUCUACCGCACAGCAUCAGAAGCCAUGCAGGCAUUUGAGUAUUUUACAAAGCAAAGUAAUGUCAGCACUUUUGAGAAAUAUUCAACCUACUUUGCUGGGCCAGUAGUGAUGUACUUUGUUGGAAAACAUGUGAAAAGAAAGUAAGUCAUAUAAUUUAUAACCCUUUGGCCCUAGGAGUGACCAGCAUCUAAUUCACCCCCAAUCACAUGUUAAGAUAUUGAUAAUAGCAGAAUUGAUCACCCACUAAAGAAGUUCUUGAUUAUUCAACAAACAAUUUACACCAAAUGAUAUACAUAUCAGUGCUUCAGGUUUCCUAAAAAAAAAAAAAUGUGAAUUUUUUUUUUAUUGACCCUCAAAAUAAUAAUGAAUGUUUCCUUCCCCAGGCACAAUAUCAAAGAUGAUGUGCGACAAGCCAUGUAUGAUGAGGCAGAGAAAUGGAUGAAGGCUGUUGGCAAAAGAAAGUUUAUGGGAGGAAGUGCUCCAAAUCUUGCCGACCUGGUAAAAAAUUUGAGUGUUUGUAGAAGAAAUAGACUCCCUUCAAAUUUCUCCCUAAAACUAAGAAAACUUUAUGAGAAGUAUAACCCUUUUGGAAGUAGAGAACAAAUUAAUGUCACAUAAUUAAACCUGUAUUGAGCAGGCCCCAUUAAAACUCUUUGACCCUUAAGUAUGAUUAGUAUCUAAUUUCUCUCCACAAUAUCACCCCUGAAUCAAACAUUAAGGUCACAAGAAAAAAAGGAAAUGAUCACCACCUAAAGAAGCUCUAGAUCAUCAAACAAAUUCUCCUUGUCAGCACCUUAGGGAUAGUAUAGAGAACAGUAUGGAGAAUAUGCAUACUGAUACCUGGUUUAAAGGGAGGAGCAGACACCCUGUACUUGUCACCCACCAAUCUAAGUUUUAUAUACCAAUUAAUUUGAAAGUAGAUGGCAAAUGAGAAAUAGUGGAUGGCCAGUAGGUGUCAUGUUAUCUGUUGGAUUACUUACAAUACUGAGAACUGUUUAGUUAAAAUGUCUUGGAUGUUUCUCAAAGUUCUUUUGAACCUUAAAGCAAAUUCUAAACAAGGAGUCAAGUCAUAUAUCUAAACCUGUUAUGCCUUGUCUAAGCAUGAAACCUUUACUUGUCCAGAAGUAAAACCAAUCUGUUGUUUAUUGCAAGGAUUCCACAACAGACAUAGCUCCCUUUACUCUUUCUAUUCUCCUUGACCGUGCACAGCCUCUCUCCUCAUAAUAUCUGAGUGGCUACUGUUCAUGUCUUUUCCACAGGCGGUGUAUGGAGUACUGAGCGGUUUGGAAGGUCUUGAUACGUUUAAAGACCUGAUGACACACACCACAAUGAAGCCGUGGUAUAAUCGAGUCAAAGAAGCUGUGCAGACUCAUGCCGGAGCUUGCUAAACCUUAACCUUGUUUUAAUAGGCAGUUGAACUCCUCUCCCUCCUCUCUCUCCCCUUUCCCCCUUUCCCCAAUGAACGAUUUUUUUUCGAUUUUUGCAACGAGCAUAACAAUCAUUGACGUGAAGGAGACCACUAGAUAUUUGCUCAGUAAGAUAAAAGAAUAUAAAAGGGGCUGUAAUAGAUCAGGAAAUCAAUAUUAACAGCUAAGGAUGAAAAAUAUUGAAAGGAAUUGUAAUUGACCAGUUUGAAAACAAUUUUAGGCUGGCGCUUAAGGUGCACAAUCCGCGACCUAACUUACAGUUGUCUGAUAUGAAUGUCUUAUUCCAACAGAAAGCUUCCGCAAAAUAUCAGCCUAUUAAUUCUAAGAGUUUAGGUGGGGUUUGUUUGGUGAAUGCUAAAAAAAUUAGGAAGAAAAAAAUCAGGGACACAACCUGACAGCAGCAUCAGACCUAUUACAACUGAGGAGGCUUUUAUUUAAGGGUAGAAUGGGAUAGGAGCUUGAAACUGUCUGUCAACAUGGAAGGAAGCACAAACAAACAGCUGGAAUUUUUUUUUCAAUUUAUUAUUACUGUAUGUGAUCUGUUUAUUGACAUUUCUGGCUUCAGCUGAAUAUGAUGGAACUGUAAUGGAACAAGUAGCAUAGGCAGACUAUUUUUUACAACACCUGGCAGGAUUUGCUGUCGUUUAUUAACAUUAUUCCCUGCCUAUCAAUGUGCAAAGGGUACUAAGAAGGAACUAUGAAUCCUCCGUCAAGGUCGAAUGGCGGGUGAGUCUUGUGUUUCGUUGUAACCAAUCGCAUCUCGGUCAAACUAAGCAUCGUUUGCCAAACAUCUACGAGCCUCUGACAACAUAACAUAAUCCAAUCUAAGCUAGCAAAAGUGUGUGGAAACAUCCUGGUAUUGAUAUUACUCUAGGUUAACAAAAAAUAGUUGUUGGAAAAUAAGAAUCUAAUCUUCAUACUUUCCAAACUACCGAGCGUAGUUACUCGGCAACGUAGCUCGUGGAUUGCAGGGGGCAAAUCUUGCCUCCAUCUCAAGUGCAAUCGUUCGUCAUUCACGCUGGCAUCUUAUCUCAACAAAUGAUAAAAAGAAUGGUAAACUCACCCCACGGAAAGUUCAAUUCCUGUAAAUCUUUGUCGAAACUGACGAGC